AUGCCGUCUACACCAAUAUUCGACCCAUUCAGCCCAGACCCGUGUUCGGAAUCAUAUAUUCCCGUUGUAGAUGGCGGUUUGGAAAGCUUAGGAGCUUCGAAAUGGAGACUUUUAUUCCAAGGUAGAGGGCAGAGUACACCUGAUCUUGCUCCAGGUUGGAUGGGAUCACCAAAGAAGACUCAAGCCCCGAGUAACCAGACAGCCCAGCUGAAAAAGCGCCAUGUAAAUGCACAAGACGUUCAUAUCGGGCUCCCUCCGAAGGUGCCAAUGGACUUGGAGGAUUCCGUUCUACGACCUUCACCCCAGCCCGGGCCGCGUGCCCCGAAGUCGAAACGCUCGAGUUGGUCGCGAUUCAAGCGAAAUUGA